AUGCACGAGGUGAGUGCUGAGAUGAAGAGCCCCAGAGGCAUGGUAUCAGACGAGUCUUCACGCAGCGGUGUGUUAGUCGCGCUGCAAAAUAAUGGACAAGCUCUGCAGCAAGUUCCUGCAUUCAAGGAUGACAAAGAGCUGGUGCUGGCAGCAGUCCGACAACAAGGGCUCGCCUUGCAGCAUGCCUCUCCAGUCUUGCAAGCAGACGUGGAGGUUGUCUUAGCCGCAGUCAAGCAAAACGGCUUGGCCUUACGAUCGGCUUCCAGAACCUUGAGAUCGGACGAUGGCAUAAUUUUGGCGGCAGUGAUGCAGAAUGGCCUGGCCCUAGAGCACGCGAGGCCAAGUACAUGCAACGGAUGGGCAAUCACAGUGGCAGCGGUGAUGCAAUGCGGCUCCGCCUUGCAAUUCGCACCAAGCCCAUUGAAAGACUGCAUCGAAUUAGUCCUUCUCGCAGUACAGCAGGAGCCUGCUGCGUUGCAGCAUGCCUCACUGCGGGUGCGAAAUCUCCUCUCUGCUGCCAUUGGCGGCACAGAGAUCUUUGGAGACAGUGAUGAGGUUUUGGCUUCGCCCACUGAAAGUACUGCCUCUGAGCUGGGAAGCGAUGCCAUUGAGAGUAGCGAUGAAAGCUGUGCUGAACUGGACUUCUGA